UUCGUAGGAAUCAAUUUCUAAACUAAGGGCUUUAGACAGAAUUCACCAUUCAAUCUGAAAAUGCGUAUUGAUAUUAUUUGAAUGUAUAGAAAUAAAUUAGUGAGUGUGGGAUCACAAUUAAAAAAUCUAAACAAUAUUGAGAAGCAACGUUAUUUAAGACCUGAUUCAUCUUAUGAUGAGAGUUCAGGGGAAUCUAGUGUUAUGUGUGAAUAGAUUCGUUAAAAAAGAUUAAGUGUAGAAGAUGUUAUCUCGAUGGUAAUUGAUUCAGAAUGCAAUUAAGCCAUUAAACUAGAGCCUAAACCCUUUUAGAAAAAGUAAUAUAGAAAACAAUAAUUAGCAAUCGAGUAGAUCAAGAGUGGGAGUCAGAAAAAACAAUAAUAAUUAUGGAUGUCGAUGAGGAAGCCGUAAACAAUCUAGACUUAAAUGAAUUUUUUGAUGAAUAGUAUACAAUUUUAUGAAUUGCGGUUUAAGGAUAAGCACUUCAUAUAGUUUAAACGAGUUUAGCUUGGCAGCUAUGCAGGCAAGCUAUCAAUUAUUAUACGUAUGAAGGAUGACAAAGGAGCUUAAUAUGUGUAUUACAAUCUAGUGACUUCAUCUCAUAAAUACAGGAAGGCAUUUGGUGAAAAUAUAGAAGUAUUGAUUCAUCUAAUUAUUAACUAGUUUGCUUAACUAAAAUAUAUUGAUAAAUAGGUCAAUAAAAAUUAGAUCACUGUUGUCAUGAGAUUCUUGCCGAUAAAUUUUAAUAGUGAAAAGUUAGAAGCCUUAUAAAACAUAAGAAGUGAGGAGUUAUUUACAUGUAUUAAUUAAUUUAAUUUGAUAGAUUAAGGAUUGAAGUAUGGUAUUUUUAAGACUUCAGAUUAUGAGAUUGCUGGAAACAUAAAGAAGAAAAUAUUAAGGUAUUAAUGGGAUUUAUAUAAAAAUAAGUUAUUUCUAAAACAAAAAAUAUAAUGAUAUUCACAUUACAAUAAAGGCUAAAAAGAAAUCUACAAAAGAGAAGGUCAAGGUAUUUUUAGAAGAAGAAUCAUACAAUCCAAGAUCUUAAUUAGAAUAAAAGAUUGGAAUACCUUUAAGUCCAAUAAAAGUACCUCCACUUGUAGUAAAAGAAAUUGAACAACCAAAAAUCAAACCUACAGUUUUAUAACCCACAAUUUGUGCUAUGUAAUUAUUAGUUUUGAUUUUUAGAUAAAUUACUGUUCCAUAAGUACAAGUAAAUUAAAUAAAGCCAGUUGAAAUUAAACCUACAAUUAUAGAAUAAAGUGAAUAGAAAGUUAUAGUAAGGGCUGUUUAAUUAAAGCCAGUCACAUUAACAGUAGAUAGAGAAAGAAGCUCAAGGAAAAAAUGAC